CCAGCCCGGUCCAAUCUCGUAAUGCGGAUAGGCCACCGUUGAGAGCCGUGGGGCGGGAUCUAAGAGCAGGAGUGUAGGAUGCGCUCCGUGCGCGCAGGGGGUUUAACGGAGUUUCGUGAGGCUUUUUAUCUUCAGGGGAGCCGUGAUAACCCCCCCUUCCCCCUCCUCCCCCCGCAAGAUAUGAUUUUGUUUUCAAAACCAGGUAACAGGUAUCGAAACCGUAAUCCGGCUAACAUGUAAUUUAAGACGCAGGGGAUCGGAAAAUUUGAAUUCCACCAUUUAAAUUAAAACCGCCUGUGUGUAACUCCAUGGCUCCUCCUCAAUCGAUAACACAGAAUAGAGUCAGGACUUAGUUGCUGUUGGCUCUGAAGAGAUAAAUAAAGUAGGCUUUUAUUUUAUUUUUUUUAUUUUAGAGCCGGAUAUACAUUAAUAUAGUUUCUGUCAAAAAACAUAAAUCCGUACACAUUUAUUAUUUAAAAAAAAAAAUUUUUUAAUUGUAUUUAUAAACGGGCGUUUUGUGUCUGUUGGUUUGGUUCGAUGGCGCCUCAGAAACACGGCGCUGGGGGCGGCGGUGUCGGCUCGGCAUCAGCUCCCGGUAUCGGUUCUGCUGGUACCGGAGGCCCCGGCGGUAAAGCGAACGGCGGCGUGUACUCGCAUUCAGCCGCGGCGGUGAUGCCCGCAGCCAAGAAGCCGAAGAUGGAGCAGCUUCAGGCCGACCACGAGCUUUUCCUGCAGGCCUUUGAGAAACCAACUCAGAUAUACAGAUUUCUUCGAACCAGGAACCUUAUAGCGCCUAUAUUUUUGCACAGAACCCUCACGUAUAUGUCUCACAGAAAUUCCAGAAGAAAUGCCAAAAGAAAAUCCUUCAAAGUGGAUGAUAUGCUAUUCAAAGUAGAGAAGAUGAGGGGAGAGCAGGAAUCUCCCAGCUUGGCUUCACAUCUUCAACUCACGUUUACUGGUUUCUUCCAUAAAAAUGAAAAGCCAUCCCAAAACUCUGAGAAUGAACAAAACUCUGUAUCCUUAGAGGUGCUACUUAUCAAAGUCUGCCACAAAAAACGGAAGGAUGUAAGUUGUCCUGUCAAGCAAGUGCCUACGGGUAAAAAGCAGGUGCCUUUGAACCCUGACAGCAGCCAAACUAAACCAGGAGCCUUCCCCUCCCUUGCUGUGUCCAGCAACGAGUUUGAGCCUAGCAACAGCCAUAUGGUGAAAUCCUACUCGCUGCUGUUCAGGGUGACACGGCCAGGAAAACGGGAUGUGAAUGGAUUAAUGAAUGGAGAGACGAAUGAGAAUAUUGAUGUGAUUGAAGAGUUUCCAAUAAGAAAAAAGAGAAACUCCUCUUUUCGUGAAGAUGGUGAGAAGACCUUUGUAGCACAAAUGACAGUCUUUGAUAAAAAUAGGCGCUUGCAGCUCCUAGAUGGGGAAUAUGAAGUAUCAAUGCAGGAGAUGGAAGAAUGUCCUGUGAGCAAAAAAAGAGCUACAUGGGAAACCAUUCUUGAUGGAAAGAGGCUGCCACCAUUUGAAACAUUCUCUCAGGGUCCUACGCUCCAGUUCACUCUGCGGUGGGCAGGAGAAACUAAAGAUAAAUCUACUGCACCUGUUGCCAAACCUCUCGCAACUCGUAAUUCAGACACUGCCACUCUCGAAAGCAAGCCAAGCUCUCUCAAGCCAACACAGGCAAUAGCUGUUAAAGAUUCACUUACUACAGACCUUCAGGUAAGAAGGGAGCAGAUUUUAUGUGAGCCUCGACAGAAGCUACGAAUAUUUUAUCAGUUCCUUUAUAACAACAACACAAGGCAACAGACGGAAGCAAGAGAUGACUUGCAUUGUCCUUGGUGCACACUGAACUGCCGCAAGCUAUACAGCCUACUCAAACACCUCAAACUCUGCCACAGCAGGUUUAUCUUUAACUAUGUGCCUCAUCCAAAGGGUGCUAGGAUAGAUGUUUCUAUCAACGAGUGUUAUGAUGGCUCAUACGUAGGAAAUCCUCAGGAUAUUCACAGUCAGCCAGGAUUUGCCUUCAGCCGUAAUGGGCCAGUGAAGAGAACGCCAGUCACACACAUCCUUGUUUGCCGGCCGAAGCGCACAAAACCCAGCCUGUCCGAGUUCCUGGAAUCUGAAGAUGGGGAGAUGGAGCAGCAGCGCACGUACAUCAGCGGACAUAACCGGCUGUAUUUCCACAGCGACGCCUGCCUGCCUCUCCGUCCGCAGGAAAUGGAGGUGGACAGUGAGGAUGAGAAGGACCCGGAGUGGCUGAGAGAGAAAACCAUCACUCAAAUUGAAGAGUUCACUGAUGUGAAUGAAGGAGAGAAGGAAGUUAUGAAACUCUGGAACCUUCAUGUUAUGAAGUACGGAUUCAUUGCUGACAAUCAGAUGAACCAGGCCUGCAUGCAGUUUGUUGAAAAGUGCGGGCAACAGAUAAACGAAAAGAAUUUGUGUCGGAACUUUCUGCUUCACCUGGUCAGCAUGCACGACUUCAACCUUGUCAGCAUAGUCACCAUAGACAAAGCAAUGGCCAGACUUCGGGAAAUGCAACAAAGGCUUGAAAAGGAUGAGCUGGCAGAAAAAACGAGCCUGCCGCCCACCGAUGAACCAAACUGGGAAAACGGCAGCGGCAUCGAGACCCCCACAAGCGAGAGGAUUUCUGAAACUGACAUUUCUGCCUCAGGAGUUCCAAAACAGAACAAACGACAGAAACUCUGAAACCACAGGACUUUAUAGACUGAAACAUUGGAGCGCUGGGGGGGUAAUCGUGUUCUAAAUUCAAAGAAGAAUAAAUCAAUCAAAUAAUGAAAAACAGAUUCCAAACAGGCACUAGGUAUCAAGUAUAGAAAAAUCAAUGUUGGGCUGUAAAGUUGUACUGCUGUUUGCUACAAACCAACACAGACACUGAUUGUGUAUCUGUCUGUGUGUUUGUGUGUGUGUGUGUGUAUAUAUAUAUACACACACACACACACGCACGCAGUAGAUGCCACUUACUAACAACCUCUCGGUUCCCAGCAAAUAGUUGUCAUUAACCGAAAGUUGCCAAUUAGCAAAAAGCCCCCUGUUUAAGUUUAUUUAUAUGGAACAAUGAUAUAUACUGUAGUUGUACAAAUAUGGCACUGAAAUACAUGUGUUUGAAAUGUUAGUGUUAAAAAUUAACAUGAGAAACACAAAAUACCCAAUCAUAGAACUGUUUACUUCAUGCGUGUGUCAAACAAAAAAAGGGAGUCGGCUUAAAUAGUACUAUACAGCGAUGUACUACAAUUGUCCUUGCUAUGAGUAAAGCAAACAUAAAAAAUGUGUUGUACUUGCAAUCAAUUCUAAAGAACACAAUUUUAAAAUAAGAAAUUGUCCAACGUUGUCUGCUUUUUACAAUGUACCUCCUCCCGCUGUGAAUCCAUCUCAAUUUUACAUGCAGCUUCGUAGACGGUUUCAAAGCCACGAUUCAGCCUCGGUCCUCCAGAAAUACGCAGUUGCGAAGUCAGUGUGUUUAUAAAAGCUGCAUGAAGUACGCGCGCAAGUCAUGCAAGUGCGCUCUGUAGCGCUGGCAACUAGUAAUGAAGCCGUGCAAUUGCGAAUAUCAGAAUUCCAUUAACAUUAAAAUCUGUGGGAUGCGAUUGGUUCCUGGGAAAAUGUUAUUAACUGAAAGUUGUCUUUAUCAGGGUUGCUAAUAACCGGCAUCUAUUGUGUGUGUAUAUAAGUAGUCACUUGUAUUUUGAUAUGAAUACACUAAAACCAUUUAGGACCAUAGCUGGUUUUGCUUCUAUUUAUUGUAGGAAUGUUCAAACUGGUUACUAAACAUGUAUUGCAUACAGGCGGUUCAUGUAAUAUAUCAUAUUGAACUACAGAAAGUAAUUUAUCAUAAUGAAAUGCACAGUGUGUAAUGUGUGCUUUGCUGUUAACGGUAACAGCCCUUUGAUUUGUUUCAUGUAUAUUAGCACUUGUCUUGUCCUGGGUGCCUGUUUGGAAAUACUUUCUUUUAUAUAUAAAUAUAUUUUGAUUAGAAGUUUUUUCUGACUUUUUUUGCUGGCUGUUAUUAUUUUUUUUGGUUGUGUGUGAUGCAUUGCUCGGCCAGUGUGUUAUUAAAACUUGAACCUACACACAGUCGGUCAACAGUAGUUUUUUUUAACAUCCAAUUCAUAGAAUUGCUAGAACAGUACUUCACACAAACAUGUGUUAUAUUGUAGUUGAACAGUGGCAGUGGCAGGGCAGUGGAGCUGCCACUUUCUAAGGAAAAAUGCACUGCAGGACUGGACCUGAAAUGUUGUUCACUCUAUAUGCAAGUAUUCUGUGGUCUGUCUGUUUAACACACAGGGUAUUUACUGCAGACACUAACAGAAAAUAUACUUCUAGCAGUAUUUAACUGCAUACAAAAACCAUGUUUAUUAUUCAUGCAAUUGUUUACAGAUUUUCCAAGUUUUUACUACUAGUGCAGUGUCGGUGAUGCGGGUUUUAACCUGGCAUGCACUGUGGUCGAGUGACUCUCACCUCAUUUUUUUUAGAAUUGUUUUUUUUUUUUGUUACUACCAUUAAAUAGUAACAUUCUCAUAUUUUGUAUUUAAAAGGUAAAAAAAAAAAAAAGAAAUGCUGCUCUUACGGUGUUUUUUAUUAUGUUUCUACUUCAUUCCUUGGUUUUUAAAAGCUGCAGGUAACCCUUUUUUCUGAGCCUAUAGAACACAUUGAUAAAACUCACAAUGUGAAUUUUCAUUUCAUGUCGUGCUUAAGCCUGAAUUUUUAAACUUUUUACUGAUGUCUACAAAUUACUACUUCAGCUUGUAAAGGGAACCUUGUGGUAUCUAUUUCACUACAGUGGUUUGCAGCUGUUAAUGAAGUAUAUUUAAGAAGUGUGUUUAAAUUAAACGUAUGACUGAGUUUAACAGGCAGAACAGUUGACCGAAGGGGUAAACUGCAGCUUUUUUUUUGUGACCCUAUUGAUUUGCCAGCUAUAUAGAGGUGUAAGUCUCGGAACUUCAAAUUAUAUUUUGAAGGAUUGCGACAAAAGCUUUUUUUUAAACUUUUGCUUUAAUUUGCUAAAGCUGUGCACAUAUGUAAAAACGUAGAUUUGGUUUGAGGAAACUUGUAGUUCUAUGGUUAUUGCUUGUGUCAUUUCUUAAGCAAGCUAAUUAUGCUUUUAUUGCUUCAAAACGGAAGACUCGUAUUGUUUUGCACAAGUUUGUUGAUGAGGGCCCCCAAAUUAUUUCAAGAUAAAAAAAAAUUCCUGAAACGACAUUGUUAAACCACCAUGUUAAAGUUGUGAAUUUUGUAAUAAAGGAGUUAUAGAAAAUGUUGAUGUUUUCUAUUUAAAAUAAAGGUAAUAUUUUCCAUUGUCGUCAAUGGUUGUAAGCAA